GCGCUAGUAACUGUUCUUUAACAAACACAUAGAAAGAAACUAGUUUUUCUGUGUUGUAAUAAUUGCAGCGAACUAACGGUCCAGAUAUCCAGGUUCGUUUUAUGUAUUCUUAACUGAAAUUUUCAUCAAUUUUAACUUAUCUCUUUAUCAUUGCUGCCUCGUUACGUAACUUCCGAAAUGAAAUAAACAUCACUUCCUUUUACAACCACACAAAUAGGAUUGCCUCAGCACCUAUAAGCGUAACCGGUAAAUCAAAAUAUGAAUCCAUCAAUGAUGUCCAAGCAACAUUCUUUUUCAGAAGGAACACGCCGUUGUAAUACCAGUAUAAUUAAAGUUAACCCUUAGAAGUUACAUCAUAUCCGACAUAUUCAUUGAAAAAAGGAUCCGACUCAGUUAAUCCUGUCAUAAAAGUGGGUGAAGCCCUUAUACGCCCACAUUCAUCCCGUAUCAUAUAAACUUUACACCAACUCACAUGAUAUUCUAUUGUACCGUACAUGAAGCCUAUUGAAAAUGGUUAACAUCGGCUGCAAAUUUAUUACUCUCGCCAACAACUACGCUGCUUUGGAGGAAUGUUUAACAUUCUGUAUAUACCACGUUUACCCAACGGGAAACAUGUACCAUUAAAUUGGUCACUCAAAUUGUAUCGCUGGACUAAUAUAAUUUGUUGGCCCUUGGAGGAUAACGCACCACAUUGGCUGUAUUUCUUUGAUCGUUUUUUGUGGUUUUUGGGAUUUCUGACAUUUGCCGUACACAACGAUGCAGAGUUGAGAUAUUUGCGUGUGUAUUUUAAUAAUUUAGAUGAAAUGUUAACGGGUGUACCAACGUAUUUGGUGCUGAUCGAAUUACACUUACGUGCCUUUUCGUUGGGUUGGAGGAAGAAUGAUUUUAAAAAUUUGCUGAAGAAAUUUUAUGCGGAAAUUUAUAUAGAAGAAUCAAUCAACGUUAAAAUCUUUAAGAAAAUCAAACGACAAAUGUGGCCAAUUCUAACAUUUUCUCUACUCUAUUUUUUGGCCUUAAACUUGUACAUCUUCAAUGCGGUAUAUGUCUUAGCCACCAAUAAAAGAGAACUCCUUUAUAAAAUGAUACCAACCAUGGAAUACAAGAAUAAUUUCUACGUCUAUUUUCCUCUACUAAUGAGUAACAUUUGGGUGGGUUUUAUAGUCACUACUAUGAUGUUUGGCGAAGGCAAUACAUUGGGCCUAUUAAUAUUUAAUCUAAAUGGUCGUUAUUUAAUGAUGCGUGAAACGUUUAAACAAAAAGUCGAUACGAUUUUGAAGAGUAAUUUAAAUGGCAAUAUUGUGGAGAAAUAUGAGCGCGUCUUAAGGGAGACAUUAAAGGAAAAUUUGCGAUUAAAUAAAUUUGCCCGAGAAAUACAAGAUGAAUUUUCAUUUCGUAUAUUUGUCAUGUUUUCUUUUAGUGCCAUAUCGUUGUGUGCCCUGGGUUUUAAGGUUUAUACGAGCCCGGUUAAUAGUAUUGCUUAUGCUUUUUGGGCCAUAGGGAAAAUUCAAGAAAUUUUGGCUUUUGGUCAAUUGGGUUCGACUAUUAUUAGUACGACCGAUCAACUUAGUACCAUGUAUUACGAGUCCAAAUGGGAAAUAGUGAUUGAGCGUUCCUCGAAUACGCCAGACAAUAUUAAACUUUUGAAAUUUGUCACCUUGUCUAUAGUCACAAAUCGUAAACCUUUUCAUUUUACAGGUUUAAAUUUCUUUAAUGUUUCCUUAGUGUCUGUGGUGGCAAUUUUACAGGGCGCUGGCUCUUAUUUUACAUUUUUGAUAUCGUUACGUUAAAAAAACUAUGUUAAAAAUCUGUAAAUAAAAUGGAAAUGACAUGCCCGUUACAAAAGAACUAUUGAGGUGGACUGAUAUUAAAACUCAUUUGUGUUUAAUUUCUGUAUACCCAGUGUGCUCUUAUUCAUAUGGGGUCUUUAAGCCGCCCCCUUCCCUCUCUUUUUCCUACAAAAUGUUCAGAUAAAUAUUUAUGUUCUCACCGCAAAAUAUUAAUAAUCUCUCUAUAAACAUCGAUUCAAACCUGUGAAUAUUUUUGAAAAUUUUCUUAACUAAAUAAUGUAUUUUCCAAAUUGUUUUCAAAUUUUAAA